AAAAAAAUUUUGCUGUGCGGAACAGUAAACCAUUUUGUCAUUCUUUUCCAGGAGAAUAUUAGGCUACACACUGAGUCUUUAACGCGUUCCGUUUAACCUUACUGCAUAAAAUGUGACAAUUGUAUUUAUUGGCUAUGACUGACUGGAUCUGCUGGACCAAUGUGAGGAGCGUCAUUUUAAUACCGUAGUGAUUACCCCACCUGUAAGCUUCUUUUUUUCUGCAAGCUGUGAAUUCUUCCACACUCGUGUAUAGGCUAGAUUUUAGGACUGCUACCGGGUGACACAUGUUUGCAGAUUUGCUCGUUUAUUUUCAUGCGUUUGUAUGUGAAAAGUGUAUAAAAACUUUAAUGAAUUCCUUUUACAUAAUGGCUUACCAUUCUCAAAGUCAGUUAAUGGAGGCUACAUAAUUAUUGCGUCAACAACAUAAUUCUCACGACAAUCCUAUUUAUUCGACUUUUGAGAACUUCAUCAAUGUUUCCUCAGUUGCUCUACUCAUUAGAAUUUUUGGUACAGUUCAACCGGAUGUAAUUUUCAUUGAUAUAUUUAUUUAGCCUAAUUUAGUUUAGACCUAUAUCAUCUUUCUUUGAAAUGAUAAACACAGGUAUACAGCAGUUUAUUUUGUGCGUGUCAUUGUUUAGUUUGUUAAGUACACAUGAUGUGAAGAUGUCUACCGGUACGGACGCGCAAAGCAUCUUCUGCCACAAGACCAGUGCCACUGGCGUAGGACACACACUUAUAAGCUUCCUACGCAAUGUCGUUGGGUCCCAAACGUUGCUAUUAUAUGUAAGCAAAUGGUCAAAGAAUCAGCCUGUAAAAUGCUCAAUUAACGAGGACCUUUUAGCUACAUCCAGUUACUUGACUCUUUGCCGUCAAACACACUCAGAAAGUCCUGUAGAAUUAUCCCACUUCAAUAUCAGCAAGUUGUUGAGUCCAGGGAACCUGUGCUCACUAAGUCCAGUCAAUGGAUUUAGUACACAGCCAGAAAGUGAUAUAUUGGAACAACACCUUUUGAGGGCAAAAUCGCGUAGGAAACGCGCGUUGAUAUUUCCUGGGACACUUUGGUGUGGCACUGGAAGUAAAGCGAUUGACUACCAUCAAUUAGGAAUGUUUGAGCGAGCUGACAGGUGCUGCCGUGAGCAUGACCACUGUGGCAGCAUCAUUCCCUCGUUCACAGUGAACUACGGUGUCUUCAACUCCAACUUCUUCACGGUCUCCCACUGUGAGUGUGACCAAAGAUUUCGCCAGUGCCUCCAGAGUGUAAACGAUAGCAUUUCCAAUAUGGUGGGCUUCAGCUUCUUCAACCUCCUCAGGGUGCCCUGCUUUGAGUUCACUCCCAAGAGUCAAUGCAUUGAGCUCAACUGGUGGGGAAUGUGCAAGGUGGCCAAAGUGGCCCCGUAUGCAGUCUUAAAAAAAUCCUUAGUUUACACCAUCAACCACACAGACAGUAAAUAUGGUACCAGUAGUGAGCUCCAGAGUUCAGCAGACACUGGGACUGACCUAGUUACAGUGAGCCCCUUGUCUAGCACAGGAACCAGGAAAAUCCCUAAAGGGAACCGCCCAAAGUCCAUUGCCUCCACACAGGACUGUGUUCCAAGAGGUCCUCCCAGAGGAGACACCUUCCAGACUGAACACAGAUUAGGAAAAAGAUGCAACAGGGGCAAGAAAACAUCCGCAACUCAAACAAACAAACAUCCAACAAAGACCAACAAACAGUUAAUGACUGUGUCAAAGAAAACUGCAUCCACAACAAAGACCACAGCUUCUAAAAGUAAUACUGGUUAUGAGUUAAAAAUGACAAAAACUGCAAAACAAAAGACUGGAUCAACAACUGAAAAGACAACAUUUUCUUCACAACAAAAGCAAGCUGUAUCACAGAAAGCAAGAUCAGAAACAACAUAUUUGGCAACUUCGACAUCAAGACUAAAGCCUUCACCUCAGUCACAGAAAACAAGUUUAACAAUCACUACUGCCUUACCCAAACAUGCCAAGGCACCUCACGGUUGCAGACCCAGGGCCCCUCCAAGAGGAGAUAGCUUUCAGACACGCCAAUGGAGGGGGAGGCGAGGAAAAGCCUGUUUGGAACCAACCGCCAGCAAACCACCGUCGCCAACAAACAUGUCCUUACCAAAAAAGACUGCAUCCGUAAUCUGGAGAACAACAUUUCAAACUCAGAAUACAAUCCCUGUUAAUGAGACAACCUCUCCACCUGUCAUAACCACUCCUACCCAUUGGAAUAACACGUGUAAGAGAGCCACCACCAUAAGGACUACAACUGUACUACAAACCCCUACUGAGAGUGCAUCAGCUUGGACAACAGAUAGCCUGCUUCUGUGUGGCACCCUCAAGCAUUUGGAUGAUUGUAAAUACAAAAUCCCCCCUUUGGAGAAAAGAUAUGAUCUUCACAAUGUGGAAUCAAAGACUGUGUACCAUUGUGACUGCACCCGCAGGCUGGCUGGUCUGAUCAGAGACUUGGAGAGCCCCAGCAUUCUUAUCUCCAUCCUGCAGGACUUUGUGUCUCCACUCUGCCUCAGUAUGUCAAGUGCAAAGUACUGUCAUGGGGGGAAGAGCUGUACUGCUGGAUUUUCCAAAGCCUUUGACCUAAUUCAAGUCUAUGAAAGCAUGGAGGAAAGAGAAAGACUUGCUCAGAGCACAAGUAAAAAUAAAAAAAGAGGGAUGCCUGUACGUCUCUACAAACGAUGUCUGAGGAUCACUGAGCCCAGAACACACAGACUGAUCUGAUGUUUCCCAAAAACCAGCACUCUGUUAUCACAACGGGAAUCCUUUUGUAUCGUGUAUACUGUACAUCAUGUAACAUCAAUCUUAAUUAUUGUUUAAAAGGGGCAAAUGAUGCAAGCCUAAUGUAAAAUGUACUUAAUUUGCAACUGUAAAUGAACAACUAGCUAAAGUGGUUGUGAGAAGAAUGCUGCCAGAAUGUUUUUAAAAUAUUUAUAGAGUCUA